AUUUCCGGAUAUCACAAGAGCUUGAUUUUCAGGUUUCUACUCGUGGAAUUUUGAGAGUUGAUUCAAGGAGGGGAUAUUGAGUUUGUCUGCGUCUCAUAUCCAUCAUACCCACGUUAAUGUAGAUGUAUAUGUUCAACUAUGCUAUUAAGUAUGACUGAAAGCUCAGAAAACAAGUCAGCAAAUGGGGAAGUGUGCCACCGUGCUAUAAACGGCAUAAAGCCGCGGAAGAACGGUUUAGUGAAGAACAGUUACCUCCACCAACAGGAGCAGCCCAAGUACUGCUACCCCGAGGAGAAGGUCCGACAUAUUGCCUGCAAUGGAGGAUUGUAUAACCGGCCGUUCAAUGAAACGUUUGAGGAGACUCCCAUGCUGGUUGCUGUCCUCACGUACAUGGGUUACGGCAUUCUCACAAUAUUUGGAUACCUUCGAGACUUCCUGAGGGAAUGGAAAAUUGAAAAGUGCCACAUUGCCAGAGAAAGGGAAGAACAAAAGGAUUUUGUACCGCUUUAUCAGGAUUUUGAAAACUUUUACACUAGAAACUUGUAUAUGCGAAUUCGGGACAGCUGGAACCGACCCAUAUGCAGUGUUCCGGGGGCCAAAAUGGAUCUGGUGGAGCGAGUGUCCCAUGACUACAACUGGACCUUUGAAUACACAGGCAAGGUGCUGAAAGAUGUCAUCAACCUGGGCUCGUACAAUUACCUGGGCUUUGCUGAGAACACUGGGGUGUGCGCUGAAGCUGCUGCAGAGCUGACCAAAAAGUACGGAGUGGGCGUGAGCAGCACGAGGCAAGAGAUGGGUAACUUGGACAAGCAUGAAGAACUGGAGAAGCUCAUAGCAAAAUUCCUGGGAGUGGAGUCUGCCAUGGCCUUUGGCAUGGGUUUUGCAACCAACUCAAUGAAUAUUCCGGCACUUGUUGGCAAGGGCUGUCUGAUCCUGAGUGACGAGCUGAACCACGCCUCCCUGGUGCUGGGAGCCAGACUGUCCAGAUCCACAAUCCGCGUCUUCAAACACAACAACAUCCAGAGUUUGGAGAAGCUCUUGAGAGACGCCAUUGUUCAUGGGCAGCCCCGGACUCACAGACCCUGGAAGAAGAUCCUCAUCCUGGUGGAGGGAAUCUACAGCAUGGAGGGCUCCAUCGUGCAACUUCCUGAGAUUGUGGCCCUGAAAAAGAAGUACAAGGCCUACCUGUACCUGGACGAGGCCCACAGCAUCGGAGCGCUGGGUCCCAACGGGAGAGGGGUGGUCGACUACUUUGGGCUGGACCCCCGGGACGUGGACGUCAUGAUGGGGACCUUCACCAAGAGCUUUGGGUCAGCUGGGGGAUACAUUGGAGGAAAAAAGGAGCUGAUAGACUACCUACGUACACAUUCUCACAGUGCUGUCUACGCCACGUCCAUGUCACCCCCCGUGGUGGAACAAAUCAUCGCUUCUAUGAAGUGCAUUAUGGGAGAGGACGGGACCACCAUUGGUCGUGAGCGGGUUCGGCAGCUGGCGGAGAACACGACGUACUUCCGCAGAAGACUCCAGGAAAUGGGCUUCAUCACCUACGGGAACAGCGACUCCCCCGUCGUUCCCAUGAUGCUCUACAUGCCAGCGAAAAUCGGUGCGUUUGGGCGGGAGAUGCUGAAGAGGAACAUUGGGGUGGUGGUGGUUGGGUUCCCAGCAACGCCCAUCAUUGAGUCCAGAGCUCGCUUCUGUAUUUCUGCAGCGCAUACCAAAGAAAUGCUGGACAUGGCAUUAAGCGUCAUCAGCGAGGUGGGCGACCUGUUGCAUGUGAAGUACUCCCGACGCAGGAUACUUCCCUCGCUGGAUCGAUCCUUUGAUGAAGAGACCACAUACGAAGAGAGCGAAGAUUGAAUGUCCUCCACAGCAACCAAACGUGCACUGCUCGUCUGAAGCACUCGGUGAAAAUUCACAGAACCACUUAAUAUAUGGCCUGAGCCCCUUUUACCCUCCUUAUUUUCACACGUGGAGCUCAUGAGGACCAAGCAGUGUCCAGAGAGAGAGCGCUUUCUGUUUCUUUUCCUUUUGUCUGAAGCACUGUUGGGUUUGUUACUUAAAUUUGUGGCUUUUUUGUUUAUUUUUGGAACUCUGCAGACGACGGAUUGUCGGUGUGUUUGUGUACCCAGAUUGAUUGUGUGCAGUAUCAACUCUGAACCUCUUAGAUUGCCACAUUUUAAAAAGGGAGCCAAUAAGAAAUUGAGAACCAAAAUAUUUUAAAAUAGGAACUGAUUUCCGUCCAAAAACCACUAAAGUGUAUAAGUUUCUGUUUCCGUAUCAAUGCAAGUGUACUUUCUUUCAUGUAUCACAUAUCUGAUUGUUAACAGUUUUAGCUUUCAGUUUUGUCUUUUUGUAUUACUUGAAUUUCUGCCAGGACCAAUCUCUAACUUGAAUCUAGGCAUUAUCUUUCUUGCUUUACCAAAGUAUUUUAUUUUUUAUGUUUUAGAUGGGAACACAAAUCGGCAGCUUUGGGAAAUGUCAAUGCAAAUGACUCCUCUGUGAGCAACAGCAUGCACAGCCAUGCAGAGCUGUCAAAAUGGCUUUCCAAAUGAUUCCACUUAGAGCUUUUUGAAAAUGGCUAAGACCUGUUAACUAAUUUUUUUAUUCUGUUUUCAAAAAUAAACUAUCAGUUGUAUAUUUCAGUACGGGACAGAUAUAUUUAAAGUGCAAUCUUGUUGAUUAAGUGCUACUGUUUAGAGAGGGUUUUCUUCAUCUUACAUUUUAUACUGCUGUGAUUAUUUUUGUUUGUUUUUUAAAGCUUAUCUGUGCUCAUCUGUAUUGUUUGUCAUUACCAAAGACAAUUAAGGUGUUCUUAAAUGCUUUCUAGUCUUUGAAGGAAUGUGCGUUGGUUUCAUGGUCAUGGAGCGGUCUAAAAGUGACUUGCACUUGCUCUUAGUUGCCUUUGAUGCAUCCUUUUUUAUGUACAGAUUUAUUUAAAGUUUCACAUAUUUUUUUCACAAGGGAAAAAAUGGCAGCUCCAAACACUGUCAAAAUGCAUGCAUGUUUACAGACUGCAUGCUCCCAGUGCAAGUACUACUGAUGGGUAUUUUUAUCAUUUCUAAUCUUUAAAAAUGCAUGUAUGACGUAGUCAACUGAAGCUGCUAGUUUACAGAAAAAAAGGUGCUGAAUUAAGCAUAUUUCACUGUUUUGUGACUUGUCUUAAAACCAGGAGUCAUUCCAGAUUUAGUUUUAAACGACCAGCUUAAUCUUAUGAAUUGGUCUCCCCCCAUUGCUCAUACAUUUUAAUGCAUCAAAAUAUUUCAAACGUGUUUGGUCAGUUUUUGUCUGCUUUGCUUGACAGUAGAACUUGAAACAAUGUGAAGUCAGAAGAUGACCAUCUGACAGAAAGCAAUGAAAGAGUGAAACUUAAUACAGUAAUGACUAGAAUGUAAACUCUUACGUUAUAACCAGUCUGAAUUGCAACCUAAAGUCAACUGGAAUUGUUUAAGUGUAAAAAGAUGUCUAUUUAUAUUAUGAAUGAUACAAGUCAUUCUGUUACUUUCUUUAAAGUUGAAAGUUCACUACUGGAGUAAUAUAUUUUCUUUUUUUUGUAUUAUUGUUUUUGCAUUUUGAAAAUAUGGCAUGGUAAUGACAAACGCAUAACUUCUGUCAAAACUGAAUGUUCAAACUGUCAGGGAAAGUGCAGUAAAUUAGAGUCUUGGAUAUUGGACUGCUUUUAAAAUACAUGUAUGUGUUCUAAUGUAACUUGCUACCAAUAAUGCAUAGAAAUCACAUAUUUUUGAUCAAUGCUGUUUGCUGCAUAUUGGUGAAUCACUUCAAUGUCUCAUGUUUCACUUCUUUUAAAUAUUAAAAUAUGACUGAACAUAA